AGCAUAUUGUUAUGUAAUAGAUAGUAAAUAGAUUAUGUAUUAUUAUGUUACAAUUAAAAUAUUUUGAAUAUUUUUAUUUGCAUUCUUCACAGAAUGAAAAGAAAAGCAAAGAAUCAACCAUGGAGCAUGUUAAAGAAAUCUUCAGAAAUUGUUAAACCUAUCCCUAAUUCAACAAAUGAAACUUCAAGAAACCUAAAGAGGGAUAGUGAAGAUGAAAUUUUUGGAUUUUCUUCAGACAGUGAUAAUGAAAGAAAAGAGAAGAAACUUUUGAAAAUAGUUGAAAAAGUUAUAAAUGUGGAUGAUAAGAUCAUUGAAUUCAAAAAAAACCAGAGAGAGCUAAAUUCUACUUCUGAAAGUGAUAUUUUAAUAGAUGAAUUCAAUGAAGUUGUUAGUUCAGCGGAGAAUCUAGAUAACACUAUUGUUGAUGAGUUAAAUGAAUCAAUAGAUGAAUUCAAUGAAAUUAUUACUUCAACAGAAAAGCUAAAUAAAAUUGUUGUUGAAGAGUUUAAUGAAUCAAUUGAGUUCAAUAAAACCAUUUCUGAAGAACUAAUUGAUGUCCUCACACCUUCUCAAUCUACUAAUAAUGAAGUUGUUUCAAAUAAAACUUCUCAAAAUGUUUGUAAGGUUGACGAGUCAUUGAAUGAAUCUGUAUUAUUAAAAAAGAAGAAGAAAGUUAUCAAAGGAGGUCUUGCUGAAAGGUUACAAAAGAUAGUAUCAAGGGAAAAGUCAGAUCUUGCAUUUUGGAAACAUGAUUCAGGAAAAAAGGUUGAUUCCGAACAGGUGAUUUAUAUGCAUGUAUUGAACAACAAGUCAGUUAGUUCAGUACGGAUAAUAAUCUGUCAGCUUUUUGAUUCAACAGAAGUUUAUUUGGUUAUGCCAGAAGUGACUGCAAGUUAUCUAAAAAUUAAGAGUAAAGUAACAUUAAAAAUAACUCCACCGUGGAAAAGAAUAUUUUGUAAAGAUUUUGGGAAAGUAGUCCUAUUAAGCGCAUAUAAAGUUAAUAUUCUUCCAAACUAUCCAGUUUCAAAAACCAAGGCUGCAUCAGAUUUGCUAAUAUUUUCAAAUGAACAGUUAAUGAGUAAUUCACUCCAUCAAAGCUAUGAUGAUUAUGACACAUAUGUUGCUUCAAAAACAGUAUCUAAGAAAAAUGUAACACACUCCUCAAUUAAUUAUGCUAUCAAACAAAAUAAUGAUUUUAUUUCAUUUACUGCGAGAAUACAGAGAGUUUUCAAAAGAGUAGUUUUAAAGCUACAAUAUAACAAAGACACUUUUGUUCAAAGACUAUGUCAGCAGAAAAAAGAAGAAAUCUGUCAUGUAUUGUUUGUUCAAGACAAUAAUGGGAUGUAUGCAGAAAUUAUUUUGCCUUCUCAAGUGUUUCAUAAUAUAAUUUGGAAACAAGCUGUUUCAGAUGGUGUCAAUGGUGUCUAUAAAUUUGAAAAUUUAAUUGAAUCAAAUCUGAAAACUAAUUCAAAAAGCAUAUCUGUUGCUACUAUGUUAAAAUCAAUGGAUACUUUACAAAAAUUUAACUUGAACCCAGAAUCACAUUCUGAAAACAGUCUUCCUCCCUAUUUAUAUACCUUCAAAGUAAACGAGUUUUCAUUGUGCUAUUUCCUAGGUUCCUGUGACUCAUUUGAAGUACCAUAUGUACCUUAUUUUAAAGUUCAAUGCCCAUUGGCAAUCGAUCAAGAUAUUAGAGGUUCUUUUAUAUUAAGAUUGGUAUCAAUAACAUCAGACUCAUUUAAUCAGAUCACAGAUGAUGUUUUAAAGCAAGAGUGUUAUUUUUAUGGGUAUUGUGAAAUCAAGCAUUGCAACAUUUUACAUGUUGUUAGAAAAUUUUCUUCAUGUCUUGUACCACAAAGUCUUAUUGAUGAUGUUUAUUUGAAAGACCCACAGCUAAAAUUUAACAUGCACAAUGUUUUCUUUACAGAUGUGUUUAUAAAAGAUCAAAAAUUGACAACAGACAUGUUUUCUACAAUUAAUCACACAACUAAUAACCAGGAUGGACUUUCUAAAAAGCUUGAGCUUAUUUCAUCAAUGUGUUUGUCUCUAAAGAAGGGUGAUUUGUAUUUAGUUGAAGCAACUAUAAUUGGCUUAAAUGGCAGUAACACAUGUGAUGUUUGUUUUAAAUCCAAUGACCUAAAUGGAACAGUAAAUAGAUGCAUGAAAUGUCAUUCCAAUAUCAAAGGUCAUUCUAAGAUGCAACUAAGCGUAUUUUUAAGUAUCCCUCAGUUAGCUUAUGCAAGUAUAAUGUGUGAGCUAUUGGAAGAAACUACUUCAAAUCUGUUAUCUAAUAUAAUAAACCAAGGUAUUGAGGAAUGCUUUAGUAACAGUUUACUAGGAAAAUCAUUGGGAAUUAAACUGGUUCAGGUUUUGGAUAUAUUUAUUGGUGAAAACGGUAAGAGUCUAAUUUUAAAGGAAGUUAUUCAACUGGCAAGUUAGACGGAUAUGAUAGCCGAACAAGAAAACAGUUUAUUUUGAGGCGAAUCUAAACCUUAUUAAAAACUUUUAUAGUGUCCAUCAUUUGUAAAUAUAGUGAUUAAUACUUGCUAUUACAGUUAUUAACAUCUAA